AUGAUGAGUUCCUCAAGUUUUAAUUUAAAUGUGUUUUCAAAUAUGUUUUCCAUCGGCACCGCCGACCACAACGAAGACUGUUACGCGCACGUCUUCCGGUGCCUUUGCGUACGCUUCGGCGACCGCACAGAUUGCCUCGCGAGGCGAAGAUGGUGCAGCCUGACCGGUUGUUUUUACCAUCGCGACGUUGUUGUCGUCGACGUCGGUGACGACAACCACCACGUCGGUUCCAAUCGGAACGAAGCCGCCUGCGAAAGCGGAGCACGCGCUCUCUGUCUGAUCCAUGGUGCGAUAUGUAUAGAUUAG